GCUCUCACGUGAGCCAUGUCUUCCUCCGACGAAGAGACUCUCAGCGAGAGGUCGUGCCGAAGCGAGAGGUCGUGUCGGAGCGAGCGGUCAUACCGGAGCGAGCGGUCGGGCAGUCUGUCUCCCUGCCCCGCCGGGGACACCUUGCCCUGGAAUUUACCCCUCCAUGAGCAGAAGAAGCGCAAGAGCCAGGAUUCUGUGCUGGACCCGGCCGAGCGAGCUGUUGUCAGAGUAGCUGAUGAACGGGACCGAGUCCAGAAGAAAACCUUCACUAAGUGGGUCAAUAAGCACCUGAUGAAGGUGCGCAAGCACAUCAACGACCUGUAUGAGGACCUGCGAGAUGGCCACAACCUGAUCUCUCUGCUGGAGGUCCUGUCGGGUGUGAAACUGCCACGUGAGAAGGGCCGGAUGCGUUUCCACCGGCUGCAGAACGUGCAGAUUGCCCUGGACUUCCUGAAGCAGCGACAGGUGAAGCUGGUGAACAUUCGCAACGAUGACAUUACAGAUGGCAAUCCCAAGCUCACCCUGGGGCUCAUAUGGACGAUUAUCCUCCACUUCCAGAUCUCCGAUAUCUACAUCAGCGGGGAGUCGGGGGAUAUGUCUGCAAAAGAGAAGCUGCUUCUCUGGACGCAGAAGGUGACAGCUGGCUACAUCGGAGUAAAAUGCACCAACUUCUCUUCGUGCUGGAGCGAUGGGAAGAUGUUCAACGCUCUCAUCCACAGAUACAGGCCGGAUCUGGUGGACAUGGAGAGGGUGCAGAUCCAGAGUAACCGGGAGAACCUGGAACAGGCCUUUGAGAUUGCGGAGAGGCUGGGAGUCACCCGGCUGCUGGAUGCUGAAGAUGUGGACGUCCCGUCGCCCGAUGAGAAGUCUGUGAUCACUUAUGUGUCUUCAAUCUAUGAUGCCUUUCCCAAGGUCCCUGAAGGCGGAGAAGGGAUCAGCGCUAUCGAAGUGGAUUCCAGGUGGCUGGAGUACCAGAACCGUGUGGAUUCCCUCCUCUCGUGGAUCAAACAGCACACGAUAUUGAUGUCCGACAAGUCCUUCCCCCAGAACCCUGUAGAAUUAAAGGCACUUUAUAACCAGUACAUACACUUCAAAGAAACGGAGAUCCCGGCAAAAGAACAAGAGAAAGGGCAGAUAGAGGAGUUGUAUAAGCUACUUGAGGUGUGGAUUGAAUUUGGCCGCAUCAAGUUGCCCCAGGGCUACCACCCCAAUGACGUGGAGGAAGAGUGGGGCAAGCUGAUCAUAGAGAUGCUGGAGCGUGAGAAGUCUCUGCGGCCAGCAUUGGAGAGGCUGGAAUUGCUGCUACAAAUCGCUAACAAGAUUCAGAACGGUGCUCUGAGCUGUGAAGAAAAGCUCACCCUGGCAAAGAACACGCUGCAAGCUGAUGCCGCUCACCUGGAGUCCGGUCAGCCGGUGCAGUAUGAGUCCGAUGUCGUCAUGUACCUACAGGAGUGUGAAGGGCUUAUCCAUCAUCUGCAGGUGGACUUACAGAUCCUGCGAGAUGAGAAUUACUACCAGCUGGAAGAACUGGUCUUCAGGAUCAUACGUCUGCAAGACGAGCUGGUCACCCUGCGGCUGGAAUGUACUAACCUAUACAGGAAGGGCCAUUUCUCGUCACUGGAUCUCGUGCAGCCCUCCACCCUGAGCAUGACGCACUUGAAGGCAGAGUCCUUGACGAAGGGAACGCACACGUCUUCUGCCUCCUGGUUCCGGAAGCCCAUGACCCGCACAGAGCUGGUAGCCAUCUCCUCUUCUGAGGAUGAAGGCAACCUCCGAUUUGUAUAUGAGCUGCUGUCUUGGGUGGAAGAGAUGCAGAUGAGGCUGGAGCGAGAAGAGUGGGGGAGCGAUCUGCCCAGCGUGGAAUCUCAGCUGGAGACCCAGCGGCACGUCCACACCAGUGUGGAGGACCUGGGCUCCAGCGUGAAGGAGGCUCGGCUGUACGAGGGUAAAAUGUCCCAGAAUUUCCGCACCAGCUACACGGAAACACUCGGCAAGCUGGAGACGCAGUACUGCAAGCUGAUGGAAACGUCCAGCUUCCGACUGCGGCAUCUCCAGAGUCUGUACGGGUUUGUGUCUCGAGCCACAGCUGAGCUCAUCUGGCUGAACGAAAAGGAGGAAGAGGAGCUGGCCUAUGACUGGAGUGACAAUAACUCCAACAUUGCAGCCAAAAGAAAUUACUUCUCGGAGCUGACGAUGGAACUGGAAGAGAAGCAGGACGUGUUUCGGUCUCUGCAAGAUACAGCUGAGCUGCUGUCCCUGGAGAAUCACCCAGCCAAACAAACUGUCGAGGCAUACAGUGCGGCUGUCCAGUCCCAAUGGCAGUGGAUCAAACAGCUCUGCUUGUGCGUGGAACAGCACGUGAAGGAGAACGCUGCUUACUUUCAGUUCUUCAGCGAUGCCCGAGAGUCGGAGACGUACUUAAGGAACCUCCAGGACUCCAUCAAACGGAAGUAUUCUUGUGACCGUAACACCAGCCUGACCCGACUGGAGGACCUGCUCCAGGAUUCCAUGGAUGAAAAGGAGCAGCUCAUUCAGUCGAAGAGCUCCGUGGCCAGCUUGGUGGGGCGGUCCAAAACCAUCGUUCAGCUGAAGCCGAGAAACCCGGACCACGUUCUGAGGAGCACCAUCCCCGUCAAGGCUAUCUGUGACUAUCGCCAGAUUGAGAUCACGAUUUGCAAGAACGAUGAGUGCGUGCUGGAAGAUAACUCCCAGAGGACCAAAUGGAAGGUGAUCAGCCCCACUGGAAAUGAAGCCAUGGUGCCAUCCGUGUGCUUCCUCAUCCCUCCUCCGAACAAAGAGGCCAUCGACAUUGCCAACAGGGUGGAGCAGCUGUACCAGAAAGUAAUGGCCCUCUGGCACCAGCUCCACGUGAACACAAAGAGCCUGAUCUCCUGGAACUACUUGCGGAAGGACUUGGCCUUGGUGCAAGGCUGGAACAUAGAGAAGCUCAGGUCCUUGGCUCAAGGAGAGUGCCAGCAAGCCAUGAAGAGCCUCCAGGCUCACUACGAAGACUUCCUGCAGGACAGUCGUGACUCCGAGCUCUUCUCGGUGGCUGAUCGGUUGCACCUGGAGGAGGAAGUGGUCUCCUGUAAGGAACAUUUCCAACAGCUUCUGGAGUCCAUGGAGAAUGAGGACAAAGAUGAGACAGUUGCCAGGGUGUAUCUCUCGGAGCUCAAGAACAUUCGCCUGCACCUGGAGGAGUGUGAGCAGAGGCUAGUGAACCGAAUCCAGACCCCGGCCAGCACCAGAGCAGAUGGGGACGAGAACACCUUCCGCAUUGCAGAGCAAGAGCGCAUGCAGGAGGAUUUGCAGCGGCUGAAAUGUGACUUGCAGCAAGUCUCUGAGCGGUGCAAGAGUUUCCUGGACAAGUCUCCAACGGGGUCCAGCGUGCCGCACCUGCGUUCUGAACUCGGCCUGCUGGUAGACAAGAUGGAUCACACGUGUGGGCUUUCUUUCAUCUACCUGGACAAGCUAAAGAUGGUUGAUUUGAUUGUUCGGGAUACCCAGGGAGCAGAGUCACUGGUCAAGGGGUAUGAGGUUAAACUGAGCCAGGAGGAGGCAGUCCCAGCAGAUCUAGCUGCCAUGCAGUCUCACAGAGCUACGCUGAAGCAAUGGCUCAGUGAAGUGAAGGACAAGAGCUCUGUGUUAUCCACGCUGGAAGAGGACAUCGCCAAGGCGAAGACUGUGGGAGAAGAGCUAUACCGGAUGAAGCAAGAGCGCAGCCUCGACCUAGAGCGCUACCAGGAGAAGGGGAGCCAGCUGUGGGAUCGCUGGCAGAGAGCUUGCUCUCAGAUCGAGACCCGCCAUACAGAGCUGGAGAGCAUCCAGGAGGUGCUGAGUGAUUACCGCAAGUGUCACGGGGCGCUCAUCCAGUGGAUCGAGGAGACCACCGCCCAGCAGGAGUUGAUGAAACCGGGGCAGGCGGAAGAUAGCAGAGUGCUGUCCGAGCAGCUGAGCCAGCAGACGGCUUUGGUUGCAGAAAUCGAGAGAAAUCAAGCCAAACUGGACCAGUGUCAGAAAUUCUCACAGCAGUACUCGGCUGCUGUCAAGGACUACGAGCUGCAGCUCAUGACAUACAGGGCAUUUGUUGAAUCGCAGCAGAAGUCUCCUGUGAAACGCAGACGCAUGCUGUCGUCUUCAGAUGCCAUCACGCAAGAGUUCAUGGAUUUACGGACUCGCUAUACGGCUCUGGUGACACUAACGACCCAGCACGUGAAGUACAUCAGCGAUGCUCUCCGGCGGCUGGAGGAGGAGGAAAAAGUAGUUGAGGAAGAAAAACAGGAGCACGUGGACAAGGUGAAAGAACUCCUGGCCUGGGUUUCUGGUUUGAAGCAGAGCGCGCAAGUCAAGGCUGUCUCACCCAAGGGCAAAGAGCUGGGAGACAUUGAGAAAUCCAUCUCCGAGCAGCAGGCACUAAACGAAGAACUAGCUACAAAAAAGGAGCAAGUCUCUGAGGCCAUCAAAACUGCCCAGAUUUUCCUAGCCAAACAUAGCCACAAGCUCUCUGACUAUGAGAAGGAGCAGAUUUCUACCCAACUCAGUGCUCUAAAGGAGACCUACCAGCAGCUCUGCAAUGACUCCACAGAACAGCUCCAACAACUUCAGAGCCAGCUGGCUCAGGAGACCGAGAACAAGACGCUCCAAGAGCAGCAAGCCAUGCGCAGCCAGAAGCUGGAGGAGGUCUGCACCUGGCUAGGGCAGGCUGAGACCACGCUAGCAGAUGAGCAGAGAGCAGCCAGCAAAGGGGACCUGCCCACACUGAAGCAGAGACAAAGUGACAUUAAGGCCCUGCAGAGGGACAUGCAGACUCGAGCUGCCUCUUUUGCCAGUGUCCUGAAAGCAACAGAAGAAUUUUUAGAGGAGAACAGGACUAAGAUGAACCCUGAGGAGCUGGCAGCCUUGCAAGAGAGGCUCCAUCACGCAAAGAAGCAAUACCAGUCUCUGCAGGAGAGGACUGAGGUGGCCCAGAAGGAGCUGGAGAGUGCUGUGACAGCAGCUGUGCAGCAGGAGACCGAGAAGGUGAAAGCUGCCAAGGAACUGGAGGAGAGCAGGAGCAAGAUUGAGUCGCUUCUAAAUUGGGUAGCAUCGCUAGAACAGGCUGGAGGGCUCUCCGAGCAGAAACACCCCUCUCUGGGACAAACGCCAGGAAAACAAGUGGGGAAAAGCACCCGGGAUCUUCCCGAUGGUCACUUGGUGGAUGUGAACAGAGCUGCAGAGACCCUCGAGCAGCAGUACGACAGGCUGAAGACACGCCACCAGGAGCUGCUGUCUCAGCAGCAGGAUGUCAUCCUAGCAACCCAGUCAGCGCAGGCCUUCCUGGACAAACAGGGCCACAACUUAAAGCCAGAGGAGAGAGACCGGCUCCAGGGCAGGCUGGAGGAGUUGAAGGAGCAGUACGCUGCUUCCCUCUCGCAGUCGGAGCUGCAGCUGAAGCAAGUGCAGGUGCUGCGGGAUGAGCUGCAGAAGUUCCUGCGGGACCACGGGGAGUUCGAGGCCUGGCUGGCGCAGGCUGAGCAGGAGCUGGAGAGGAUGCACCAUGGGGACAGCGACCCCCAGGCGCUCAGGCCGAUGCUGCUCAGGCAGGGGAGCUUCUCGGAGGACGUCAUCUCGCACAAAGGGGAUCUGCGGUUUGUCACCAUGUCUGGGCAGAAGGUGCUGGAUGCUGAGAGGGCAGCUGCUGCCGAGGGAGGGCCCAAGCCCUUAGGAACGGGGGGCUUGGUCAAAAGCAAGCUGGAUGAUGCCACGCAGAGAUACACGACUCUCCACACCAAGUGCACCAAGCUCGGCUCGCAUCUGAACACCUUGCUGGACCACUACCAGCAGUUCCAGGAGGUGGCAGAGGCUCUCCGGACCUGGCUGCGGGACAGCGAUGCGGCGGUGGCGAAACUUCUCUCAGAGCCGGUCUCCUCAGACCCAGCGGUUCUGCAGAAGCAGCUUGCCAGCGCGAGACACCUUCAGGGAGAUCUUGCCGAACAUCAAGUGCCAGUGGAGAAGCUGCAGAAAGCAUCCCGUUCCUUGCUGGAAAUCAAAGGCGAGCCGGCUCCUGACCACAAGCGUGUUCAGGAAACCACAGAGUCCAUUGUGAGCCACUUCCAGCGCCUUUCCCAGCAGAUGGCGGAGCGUGCAGACCUGCUGCAGAAGGCCAUCGCCCAGUCCCAGAGUGUCCAGGAGGGGCUGGACAAUAUGCUGCAGUCCAUGGCUGAGAUCGAGAGGAACAUGGGAGCGGAGCAGCCAGCUUCUCUCUCAUCCCUCUCCAUCCAGGAGUCACUUGCCACGAAUGCGAAGUUGAAGCAAGACAUUGCUAGGCAGAAGAGCAGCCUUGAAGCCACUCGAGAAAUGGUGACUCGGUUCAUGGAGACAGCAGACAGUGCCACAGCCUCUGCCCUGCAGGGCAAGUUGGCAGAGGUGACAGAGCAUUUCAACAGGCUGUGCCGGCAGCAGCAGGAGAAGGAGAAUGCGCUGAAGGACCUUCUCCCCAAGGUGGAGCAGUACGAGCAGCUCUCUGAGAAGCUGCAGCAGUUCACGGAGAGCAGAGCCCGGCUGCUGGCUUCUGGGAACCAGCCAGACCACGACAUUGCUCACUUCUCCCAGCACAUCCAGGAGCUGAAUGUAGAGAUGAAGCAGCACCAAGAGGACCUGGAUACCUUGGAGCACCUGGCUGCAGAGCUGAACUCCCAGGGCUUCCCAGCCGGCUCUUCCCAGAUGCAGGAGACGGUGCAGAGCCUAAAGAGGGAUUUCACACAGCUCCAGAAGGUAGCAAAGGAAAGAGAAAAGGAUGCGUCAUCCUGCCAGGAGCAAUUGGAUGAAUUCCGAAAGUUGGUUGGCGUGGUGAGGAAGUGGCUGAAAGACCGUGAAGGGAAUGUGCCAUCGGCAGAGACCUCCCUGGGCACCCAGGAGCUGGACAAGCGCAUGCAGCAGAUCCAGGCUCUUCUGGAAGAAUGGGCAGGGAAGAGCGCCCAGGUGGAGGAAAUCAAUCGCAAAGGAAUGGCCUUGGAGAACUUGAUCGUCGAGAUUACAGCCCCCGAUGCCCAGGCAAAGACAGGUUCUGGGCUGCCCGCUGUAGGAGGGUCUGUAGGCAGUGUGAACGGAUACCACACUUGCAAAGAUUUAACUGAGAUCCAGUGCGACAUGUCAGAUGUGAACCAGCAGUAUGAGGGCCUUGGCAUGGCGUUGCGGGGACGUCAAGAGCAGCUGUCAGCCAUGCGGGAGAAGAUGCGGGAAGUCCAAGAGGAAGCAAGCUCCAUGCUGAAGUGGCUGGAGUCAAAGGAACGGACCCUGUCCGAGCUGGAAGCGUCCACCUCGCCUACCAAAACAGAGACCGUGCGGGCACAGGCUGAGCACAACAAGGUNNNCCUGGCUGAGCUGGAACAGAAUUCAGGGAAAAUCCAGAAGGUGAAGGAGGCACUUUCUGAUUUGCUGGAGAAGUACCCUGAUUCUCCAGAAGCAGGAAGCUGGAAGAAGAUGCAGGAGGAUCUUAGUUCCAGGUGGGACCGAGCCAAUCAAGUAACAGCCGAGCGCCAGCAGAAGCUGGAGGAAUCGGCAAAUCAGCUAGCGAGCUUCCAGGCAGCCGAAGCCCAGCUGCGCCCGUGGCUGAUGGAGAAGGAGCUAAUGAUGAGUGUGCUGGGACCCCUGUCCAUUGAUCCCAACAUGCUGAACGCACAAAAGCAGCAGGUCCAGUUUAUGCUGAAGGAAUUUGAAGCUCGCAGACAGCAGCAUGAGCAGCUGAAUCAGGCAGCCCAGGGAAUACUAACCGGCCCUGGAGACCUUUCUCCAUCUGCAAGCCAGGUGCGGGAGGAGCUCCAAGGGGUCAAUCGGAAAUGGUCUGAGCUAACUGACCAACUCAACUCCCGUUCCAGCCAAAUUGACCAAGCCAUAGUCAAGAGCACCCAGUACCAAGAGCUGUUGCAGGGCUUGUCAGAAAAGGUAAAGGCAGUUGGGCAGCGACUGAGUAGCCAGUCUGCCAUCAGCACCCAGCCAGACGCAGUGAAGCAGCAACUGGAGGAGACGAGCGAGAUCCGGUCCGACCUGGAGCAGUUGGAAGAGGAGAUUGCAGAAGCGCAGACCCUCUGUGAUGAGCUGUCAGUCCUGAUCGGGGAGCAGUACCUCAAGGAUGAGCUGAGGAAGCGUCUGGAGACGGUGGCCCUUCCUCUCAAAGGGCUCGAAGACCUGGCAGCCGACCGGAUGAAUCGACUGCAGACUGCGCUCGCGAGCUCCCAGCAGUUCCAGCACAUGUUUGAUGAGCUCAGGACCUGGCUGGAUGACAAAUUGUGCCAGCAAGCACAGAGCCGGCCUAUUUCUGCUAAGCUGGAGAAGCUUCAGGGUCAAAUCCAGGAGCAGGAAGAGUUCCAGAAGAGCCUCAAUCAGCACAGUGGCUCCUACGAGAUGAUUGUGGCUGAGGGAGAGUCUUUGCUUCUCUCUGUCCAGCCUGGGGAAGAAAAGACUUCCUUGCAAAACCAGCUGGUUGGCCUCAAAACGCACUGGGACGAGCUCAGCAAACAGGUUGCCGAUAGACACUCCAGCCUCAAAGACUGUUUGCAAAAGGCUCAGAAGUACCAGCGGCACACGGAAGACCUCCUGCCCUGGGUGGAGGACUGCAAAGCCAAGAUGGCAGAGCUGGAAGUAACGCUGGACCCCGUGCAGCUGGAGGCAACCCUGCUGAGAUCCAAGGCGCUGCUCGGCGAUGUGGAGAAACGCCGCUCGCUGCUGGAGAUGCUUAACAGCGCUGCUGAUAUCUUGAUAGACGCCUCUCAGACUGAUGAGGACGACAUCCGGGAUGAGAAAGCAGGGAUCAACCAGAAGAUGGACGUCAUCACGGAGGAGCUGCAAGCCAAGACCGGGUCCAUUGAAGAAAUGUCACAGAGGCUGAAGGAGUUCCAAGAAAGUUUCAAGAACAUCGAGAAGAAGCUGGAAGGGGCCAAGCACCAGAUGGAGAUCUACGAUGCUCUGGGCCCACAAGCUUGCAGCAACAAGAACUUGGAGAAGCUCAGGGCGCAGCAGGAAGUGCUCCAGGCCCUGGAGCCACAAGUGGACUAUCUGAGGAACUUCACUCGGGGCCUGGUGGAAGACGCGCCAGAUGGAUCCGACUGCUCCCAGCUCUUACUCCAAGCCGAAGUGGCCCAGCAGGACUUCAAAACCGUGAAGCAGAAAGUCAGCGAAUGCUGUACGCUCAUGGAGAACAAGCUUGAGGGAAUAGGCCAGUUUAACAACCACGUCCGGGAGAUGUUCUCUCAACUGGCAGAUCUCGACGAUGAGCUCGAUGGCAUGGGUGCCAUCGGGAGAGAUAUCGACAGCCUCCAGUCUCAAGCCGAGGAUGUUCGCGCUUUCGUGGGCAAGCUCCGGGGGCUGAAGUCGGACAUUGAAGCCUCUGAAGGAGAAUGCAAGAAAAUGCUAGAGGAAGAAGGGAGCCCCGAUUUAUUAGGACUGAAACGAGAACUGGAGACUCUGAACAAGCAGUGCAGCAAACUGACAGAAAGAGGCAAAAAUCGGCAAGAGCAGGUUGAGACGACGCUGGCUCGUGUCGAGGACUUCUAUAACCGGUUGAGAGAGCUGAACCACAUGACGGAGGCAGCGGAGGAGAACGAGGCACUGCAGUGGGUCGUGGGAACGGAGGUGGAAACCAUCAACCAGCAGUUGGGUGACUUCAAGCUGUUUCAGAAGGAGCAAGUGGAUCCCCUUCAGCUAAAAUUGCAGCAAGUGAAUGGAGUUGGUCAGGGCCUCAUCCAGAGCGCAGGGAAAAACUGUGAUGUGCAGGGAUUGGAACAUGACAUGGAGGAGAUCAACACCCGCUGGAACACUCUCAACAAAAAGGUGGCACAGAGAAUUGCACAGCUGCAAGAAGCCCUGUUGCAUUGUGGGAAAUUCCAAGAUGCCUUGGAGCCUUUGCUGAGCUGGCUGGCAGACACCGAGGACCUCAUCUCCAAUCAGAAACCUCCAUCUGCAGAGUACAAAGUGGUGAAAGCCCAGAUCCAGGAGCAAAAGCUGCUCCAGCGGCUGCUCGAUGAUCGCAAGGCCACUGUGGAGAUGAUUCAGGCAGAGGGUGGGAGGAUAGCGCAGUCAGCCGAGCCUGCAGACAGGGAGAAGAUUGUUUGCCAGCUGGAGAGUCUUGAAAAUCGAUGGGCAGGAUUGCUCAGCAAGGCAGCAGCCAGGCAAAAACAACUGGAAGAUAUCUUGGUUCUGGCUAAGCAAUUCCAUGAAACCACGGAGCCUAUUUCAGACUGGCUGUCUGUGACCGAGAAGAAACUGGCCAACUCUGAGCCCAUUGGUACUCAGACGGCCAAAAUCCAGCAGCAGAUCACUCGUCACAAGGCGCUAGAGGAAGAAAUAGAGAGUCGUGCCCCUGAGGUGAAGCAGGCAGUCAGCGUUGGGCAGUCCCUCUCGUCCCUGAGUUGCCUAGCUGAGCGCGGCGUGCUGGCAGAGAAGCUAGACACGCUUCGGGCCCGGUACAGUGAGAUUGAGGAUCGGUGCUGCCGGAAGGCAGCCUUGCUCGAUCAGGCCCUGUGUAACGCUAGGCUCUUUGGGGAGGAUGAGGUGGAAGUGCUCAACUGGCUUGCCGAGGUAGAGGACAAGCUCAGCUUGGUCUUCGUAAAGGAUUACAAACAGGAAGUCCUGCAGAAGCAGCAUGCUGACCAGCUGGCUCUGAAUGAAGAGAUUGUGAACAGAAAGAAGAAUGUGGACCAAGCCAUUAAAAACGGGCAAGCGCUUCUGAAACAAACAACAGGGGAAGAGGUGCUGCUAAUACAGGAGAAGCUGGACGGCAUCAAGACUCGUUACUCGGAUAUCACAGCCACUAGCUCUAAGGCGCUCCGGACGUUGGAGCAGGCACGGCAACUGGCCACCAAAUUCCAGUCUACGCACGAGGAGCUGACAAGCUGGAUGAGCGAGGUGGAGGAGGAGCUGUUGUCCAGUGGAGGGCAGUCGCCUGCUGGAGAGCAGAUCCCCCAGUUCCAGCAAAGGCAAAAGGAGCUCAAGAAGGAGGUCAUGGAGCGCAGGCUGGUGCUCGACACCGUGAACGAAGUGAGCCGUGCCUUGCUGGAGCUGGUGCCCUGGCGAGCCCGCGAAGGGCUGGAUAAACUCGUGUCUGAUACCAACGAGCGGUACAAGCUGGUCAGUGACACCAUCAAGCAGCGAGUGGAAGAAAUCGAUGCUGCUAUACAAAGGUCUCAGCAGUAUGAGCAAGCUGCUGAUGCAGAAUUAGCCUGGGUGACUGAGACCAAACGGAAAUUGAUGGCCCUUGGUCCAAUUCGUCUGGAGCAAGACCAAACCACAGCCCAGCUGCAGGUCCAAAAGGCUUUUUCCAUAGACAUCAUUCGGCACAAAGAUUCGAUGGAUGAGCUGUUCAGCCAGCGAAACGAGAUCUUUGGAACAUGCGGGGAGGAACAGAAAGCAGUUCUACAGGAGAAAACAGAGUCUCUGGUGAAGCAGUAUGAAGCUGUUAGCCAGCUCAACUCGGAGCGCUAUGCCCGCUUAGAGCGGGCACAGGUCCUGGUCAACCAAUUCUGGGAGACGUAUGAAGAGCUGAAUCCGUGGAUUGAAGAGACGCAGGUGCUGAUUGCCCAGUUGCCCCCUCCGGCUAUUGAUCACGAGCAGCUUAAGCAGCAGCAGGAGGAUAUGAGGCAACUGAGGGAGUCUAUUGCCGAACAUAAGCCUCAUAUUGACAAGCUGCUGAAAAUUGGACCGCAGCUCAAGGAGCUCAACCCUGAGGAAGGUGAGAUGGUGCAGGAGAAGUACACGACAGCAGAGGCCAUGUACGCCAGAAUCAAGGAGGAGGUGUGCCAGCGGGCUCUGGCAUUAGAUGAAGCUGUGUCCCAGUCCACUCAGAUUACGGAGUUCCAUGAUAAGAUCGAGCCAAUGCUGGAGACGCUGGAGAACCUCUCCUCUCGGCUGCGCGUGCCGCCGUUAAUCCCUGCAGAAGUCGAUAAAAUCCGGGAGUGCAUCAGCGACAACAAAAAUGCCACAAUGGAGCUGGAGAAGCUGCAGCCAUCCUUUGAGGCACUGAAACGCCGUGGGGAGGAGCUGAUUGCACGGUCGCAGGGAGCGGACAAGGACCUUGCAGCAAAAGUAAUCCAGGAUAAAUUGGAUCAGAUGGUGUUCUUCUGGGAAGACAUCAAAGCUCGAGCAGAGGAACGUGAAAUAAAGUUCCUUGAUGUCUUGGAACUGGCAGAGAAGUUCUGGUAUGACAUGGCAGCCCUCCUGACAACCAUCAAAGACACACAGGACAUUGUGCACGACCUGGAGAGCCCAGGCAUCGAUCCAUCCAUCAUCAAGCAGCAGGUGGAGGCAGCAGAGACAAUCAAAGAGGAAACGGAUGGCUUGCAUGAAGAGCUGGAGUUUAUUCGGAUCCUUGGAGCUGAUCUAAUUUUUGCCUGUGGCGAAACUGAGAAGCCGGAAGUGAAGAAAAGCAUUGAUGAGAUGAACAAUGCAUGGGAAAACCUAAACAAGACCUGGAAGGAGAGGCUAGAGAAGCUGGAGGAGGCCAUGCAGUCUGCUGUGCAAUACCAGGAUAAUCUGCAGGCAAUGUUUGACUGGCUGGAUAAUGCCGUGAUUAAGCUGUGCAACAUGCCUCCUGUUGGCACCGACCUCAACACCGUGAAGGAGCAGAUGAACGAGAUGAAGGAGUUUAAAUUGGAGGUUUACCAGCAGCAGAUUGAGAUGGAGAAGCUUAAUCACCAGGGUGAACUGAUGCUAAAAAAAGCGACGGAUGAGACAGACCGAGACAUCAUAAAGGAGCCUCUGACAGAGCUGAAACAUCUCUGGGAGAACUUGGGCGAAAAGAUUGCCCACAGACAGCACAAGUUAGAGGCGGCUUUGCUAGCGCUUGGUCAGUUCCAGCAUGCCUUAGCAGAGCUCAUGGCCUGGCUGACCCACACCGAAGAGCUGUUAGAUGCACAGAGACCGAUCAAUGGUGACCCAAAAGUCAUUGAAGUGGAGCUUGCAAAACACCAUGUGCUGAAGAAUGAUGUGCUGGCCCACCAGGCAACGGUAGAGACGGUGAACAAAGCCGGCAAUGAGCUGCUGGAAUCCAGUGCAGGGGAUGAUGCGAGCGCCCUGAGGAACCGCCUGGAGAAACUGAACUCGUGCUGGGAGUCGGUGCUGCAGAAAACAGAGGAGAGGGAGCAGCAGCUGCAGUCCACGCUUCAGCAGGCCCAGGGUUUCCAUGGUGAGAUUGAAGACUUCCUCCUGUGGCUAACAAGAAUGGAAAGCCAGCUGUCUGCAUCAAGGCCCACAGGAGGCCUGCCUGAAACUGCCCGUGAACAACUCAAUGCCCACAUGGAGCUGUAUGCCCAGCUGAAAGCCAAGGAAGAGGUGUACACUCAGCUGUUGGCCAAGGGGCGACUGAUCUUGCUGAAUCGUGAUGACUCUGGCUCUGGCUCCAAGACCGAGCAAAGCAUAGCGCUGCUGGAACAGAAGUGGUGCUUGGUCAGCACUAAGAUGGAGGAGAGGAAGUCAAAGCUGGAAGAAGCACUCAACAUGGCAACAGAGUUCCAGAAUUCCCUUCAGGACUUCAUCAACUGGCUCACCCUGGCAGAGCAGAGUUUAAACAUUGCCCCUUCGCCCAGCCUUAUCCUCAACACGGUGCUGUCCCAGAUAGACGAACACAAGGUUUUUGCCAAUGAAGUGAAUGCUCAUCGGGACCAGAUCAUCGAGCUAGAUCAAACAGGGAACCAGCUGAAAUUCCUCAGUCAGAAGCAAGAUGUGGUUUUGAUAAAGAACCUACUGGUCAGCGUCCAGUCUCGCUGGGAGAAAGUCGUCCAACGCUCUGUAGAGAGGGGCCGAGCACUGGACGAUGCUAGAAAACGGGCCAAACAGUUCCACGAAGCAUGGAAAAAGCUUAUUGAUUGGCUGGAAGAUGCUGAGAAUCGCCUGGAUUCUGAGCUGGAGAUUUCCAAUGAUCCAGACAAAAUCAAGUUGCAGCUCUCCAAGCACAAGGAAUUCCAGAAGACACUCGGUGGAAAGCAGCCUGUUUAUGACACCACGAUCCGGACUGGGAGAGCCCUCAAAGAAAAGGCCCUGUUGCCAGAUGACACUCAAAAACUGGACAACUUGCUGGGAGAGGUUCGAGACAAGUGGGAUACUGUGUGUGGCAAGUCUGUGGAAAGGCAGCACAAGCUGGAAGAAGCCCUGCUCUUCUCUGGCCAGUUCAUGGAUGCACUGCAGGCCUUGGUCGACUGGCUUUAUAAAGUGGAGCCACAAUUGGCUGAGGAUCAGCCCGUCCAUGGUGAUCUGGAUCUGGUCAUGAACUUGAUGGAUGCCCAUAAGGUUUUCCAGAAGGAAUUGGGGAAGCGCACGGGCACCGUCCAGGUACUUAAGCGCUCGGGGCGGGAGCUCAUUGAGAACAGCCGGGAUGACACCACUUGGGUGAAGGUGCAGCUGCAGGAGCUGAGCAAUCGCUGGGACACAGUGUGCAAGCUGUCUGUGUCGAAACAAACCCGGCUGGAGCAGGCCUUGAAGCAGGCUGAGGAAUUCCGGGCCGCAGUGCACAUGCUGCUGGAAUGGCUGUCUGAGGCCGAACAGACCCUCCGCUUCAGGGGGGCGCUGCCUGACGACACCGAGGCACUGCAGUCGCUCAUUGACAUACAUAAGGAGUUCAUGAAGAAAGUGGAGGAGAAACGAACAGAUGUGAACGCGGCCGUGGGCAUGGGGGAAGUCAUUCUGGCUGCCUGCCACCCGGACUGCAUCACCACGAUUAAACACUGGAUCACAAUCAUCCGAGCCCGGUUCGAGGAGGUCCUCACGUGGGCGAAGCAGCACCAGCAGAGGCUUGAGUCUGCACUGUCAGAGCUGGUAGCCAACGCUGAACUCCUGGAGGAGCUCCUGGCCUGGAUUCAGUGGGCCGAGACCACGUUGAUCCAGCGGGACCAGGAACCCGUGCCGCAGAAUAUCGAGCAGGUCAAAGCCCUCAUCUCUGAGCACCAGCUGUUUAUGGAGGAGAUGACGCGAAAACAGCCUGAUGUGGACCGGGUCACUAAGACCUAUAAGAGGAAAGCCACUGAGCCGACCCACGGACCUUUCAUUGAGAAAUCCCGUAGCAACAGGAAGUCCUUGAGCCAGACAGCGCCUCCCACCAUGCCCAUCAUCUCCCAGUCGGAAACGAAGAACCCACGGAUUAACCAGCUCUCCGCGCGCUGGCAGCAGGUGUGGCUGCUGGCCCUGGAGCGGCAGCGCAGACUCAAUGAUGCUCUCGAUAGACUGGAGGAGUUGAAGGAGUUUGCUAACUUUGACUUCGACGUCUGGAGAAAGAAAUACAUGCGCUGGAUGAACCACAAGAAAUCCCGGGUGAUGGACUUCUUCCGGCGCAUUGACAAAGACCAGGAUGGAAAGAUCACCCGGCAGGAAUUCAUCGAUGGAAUCCUUGCUUCUAAAUUUCCCACCACAAAGCUGGAGAUGACGGCAGUGGCUGACAUCUUUGACCGCGAUGGGGAUGGCUAUAUUGAUUACUACGAGUUUGUGGCUGCUCUCCAUCCUAACAAAGAUGCUUACCGACCCACCACAGAUGCAGACAAAAUUGAAGAUGAGGUCACAAGGCAGGUGGCCCAGUGCAAGUGUGCAAAGAGGUUUCAGGUGGAGCAGAUUGGAGAGAACAAGUAUCGGUUUGGUGAUUCCCAGCAGCUGCGGCUGGUUCGUAUUCUGCGUAGUACUGUCAUGGUUCGAGUCGGUGGCGGAUGGAUGGCUUUGGAUGAGUUUUUAGUGAAAAAUGACCCUUGCAGAGCACGAGGAAGGACCAACCUCGAGCUUCGAGAGAAGUUCAUCUUGCCAGAGGGAGCUUCUCAAGGGAUGACGCCUUUCCGGUCCCGGGGACGGAGAUCCAAGCCAUCUUCCCGAGCAGCCUCUCCCACGCGAUCCAGCUCCAGCGCCAGCCAGAGCAACCACAGCUGCACUUCUAUGCCGUCCUCUCCAGCAACACCUGCUAGCGGAGCUAAGGUGGCCCCCGCGACAGGCAGCAAGUUGAAACGACCCACUUUCCAUUCUAGCCGUACUUCCCUUGCUGGCGACACCAGUAACAGUUCGUCUCCAGUUUCUACAGGUGCCAAAACCAGCCGGGCUGAUCCCAAGAAAACAGCCAGUCGUCCCACGAGCCGCGCCGGAAGCCGGACAGGCAGCCGGGCUAGCAGUCGGCGCGGAAGUGAUGCCUCCGACUUUGACCUGCUGGAAACUCAGUCAGCCUGCUCGGACACUUCAGAAAGCAGUGCGGCGGGGGGCCAAGGCAGCUCCCGACGAGGGCUGGCGAAACCUUCCAAAAUCCCAACCAUGUCCAAGAAAACUACCACUGCCACCCCCAAAACUCCAGGCCCCAAGAGAUAAUACUGUACCGACACCCCCUGCGAAAGAAAUACAACCUGUGUCCAGUUUUUAACCCUGCUGCGUACAGUGGAUGUAUAUUUAUUCUAAACGGGAGAAAUUAUAUUGUUAAAAGUGUAAAAGAAUAAUUGUGUUAUGAAGCUGCCUUAUUUGGGGGUUUUUUUGGUUCUUUUUUUGUUUUUUUUUUGUAAGUUACUAUUUUCAUGUGAAUAUUUAUGUAGAUAAAAUUUGCCGCCUGGUUCCUCCUGUUCACAGAGGGUCCAGACAACUGAAAUGUGGGGGGGGGGGGGGGAAAGCAAGCAAAAAAAAAAGAAAAAAAGAAACAAAAGAAAAGGUCAAGAUGUGAAAGUGUAGAAAAAAAGAAGAAAAAAAGAAAAAAAAUUAUAAAUAGGAUUUCUGCGCGGUGCAGGGCCUGACCCUGCUGUAUCUUUUAGGAUUCUUUCCUAAAGGCGUCUUUGUAAACUCGACUUGCUGUCUCAGCAAGAUAAAUUAUAUUUAAGAAAAAACAAAAAAGACCUGAAUCGUACAGGUUUCAAGGAACUCUUUUUUUUUUUUUUUUUUUUUGUAAAUCAUGGAUACCUCAAAUUGAGAAACAUGAGGUUGAAGGGGGUGGAGGGGGGGGAGCUUCUGUUUCCAUUAUUUUUUAAAAGUUCUGUGAUUUUACCUGAAGAAAGUGGAGUUCGAAUGAAUAACAUUUGCACACAUACCACAGCAAAAAAAAAUAAAUUAAAAAAAAAAAAGAGUUGGUUACAAAUACUGUCCCGGCAACUAGGCUUUUAAAGAACAAAUAGCGCUGGGGGGGUGGGGGGUUUGGGGGUGUACUUUCAAGCUGUCCAGGAGAGAACACUAUUGUGUGACGCUGAGCUACGGUGGUGGUGGGACAAGGAGGGGGGAAGGGGGUCUGUCACUUCGUUUCAAGGGUUUUUUAGAUGGGCACUUGUGGGUACCACGGAAGAGGCAGACUCGUGGUGUUACAGAACUAUUUAUCUGCAUCUCUUUUCUUAUUUAUUAUUUAACUGGUCAUUCCACUUCCAGCCAGGCUGCGAUCGAGGUGACCUCCGCUCCUAGGAGAAACCUGGACUUACACGCACAGUUGCUUGUCCUUGAAAUGAGUCUCACCAGCACACUUGCUAGCAAGCCCUCUUGCUUUUUCUACGCUACUUUUUCUUGGUGAUAGAACGAGACACCAACCGACCAAGUGACUGGGCAAAGGGGUGGGGGCGGGGGGAGGCUCUCUGGACUUCCUGUAUUUAUUAAAUAUUGUUCCUCUUCAGCUCUGACCAUGUUGCUGUGUCAUUCUCUCAAUUGGUUUAAUUGAGGCAGAAACCGAAGCUCUACCAAUGAACUGUUUAAAACUAAGACACAUUUUUGUAUUAAAAUUGCUUGCAGUAACAACA